AUGAGAGCCUCCAAGCUACUACUAAACGCAACCCAAAAACAAAAACCUGGCAUCGGAAUCCCCGUUGAGUUGACUCCAUUGUUCUUGGCUAUGGGUGUUGCCCUCUGCUCCGCCACCUGGUUCACCUACAAGAAGUUUAGAUUUGACACCAGUUUGAGAGUCGGAAGAACCAACCCAGACAGAUCUGGUCUACAGCAGGUCUUGGAUGAGACCAAGGAAUAG